AUGGAUUAAGGCAAAAGACCUUUAAUAAAUAAGGUGAGAGCCCAACGGCCACUCACUCAGUCACUCACUCAAAGGAAGGUUUGAGCAGAAACGUAAGAGAACCCUAGGAAGAUGGUGGAAUCGGAGUAUGAACAGAUUCGAUUGAAAAGAUUGGAAGAGAACAAGAAGAGGAUGAUUGAGCUUAAUCUCAACAAGCUCUCUCAAUCUCUCCGCGUCGUCUCUUCUCCUUCUCCCAAGCCUUCUCCUGCUAAACCAAGGACGCCGCGUACUCCGGUGAACUCGUCGGAGGUCAGGAGAUCAAGCCGCGCCAAGAAUCCUCCUCCCAGCUACAGAGAGUUUGGGAUAGAACCUUUGGAAAAGCCAAGAAGGAGCUAUCAAAGACGGGAUUUGCUGAACCGGGUUUAUGCCUCUGACGACGCUAGAGUCUAUGCAAUCCACAGGGCUGAGGACCUUCAGUCCAGCUUAGAUCCUCAGUUCCCUAGCUUUAUUAAACCUAUGCUCCAGUCCCACGUUACUGGAGGGUUUUGGCUGGGCUUGCCGCGUCAUUUUUGCCAUACACAUAUGCCACAGCAGGUUGAGAUGAUCACACUAGUUGAUGAAAACGAUGAUGAAUCUGUGACCAAAUACCUUGCUGAUAAGAAUGGUCUUAGCGGAGGCUGGAGAGGUUUCGCUAUCGAUCAUCAGCUUGUCGAUGGAGAUGCUGUUGUCUUUCACCUCAUCAACCGAACAACCUUCAAGGUGUAUAUCAUUAGGGUAUAUGAUGACACAAACAACGGUUCAGAUGGGAGUAAUGAUAAAGCGCUUGUCAUUAAAUCAAUCAAGAAUCAAGCGGAGAAUGUUUCAGAAGCUCCUCCGUUAUCAAACAGUGGUAAAAGAAAACGAAGAGGGAGGAAGUAAAAGCAGAGUUUGAAGCUUGGACUAGGACUUCAACGGAAGGAUGCAGUAGUUUAAAUUAAAUAGCCUAAUCAAAACAUUUUUUUUCUGUGGUUUCUCGGAUGAGGUGUGUAGUGUAUGUGAUGAUUGUUAUGCUAAUAUUUUGGUAGCUACGUUGAUUUUCUAUGAAAAUCCAACAUAUGUAGCGCUACUCUUGAGCUCUGGCAUUAAAUCGUAUUUUUCUUUUCUUUC